CGAUAGAAAUACCAUGUAAACAGCCGUGAAAGACUCUUUAUUUCAUAUUUACUCCACCACUGGGAAGUCCUGGACUUUGUGAAGGACACGGAAUGGACAGGUUUUGUUUGCGGUGUCACGCGGAUCAAAUUUCUCAAAACAUGACUAGAACUCGACUUGUUGUCAUUUUCUGGACACUGAUCCUGACCAUGAUGCUGUAUCCAGUCAUGUCAGUGUUGGUUGUUCAGAUGUACACAGCCCUGAGCGGCAGUUACCUCACCGGACAUCAUUCCGUGUUGCUCAUUAACUGUCCUACUGAGCAAACUGCUAAAGACAUUGGCAGACACAUCAUGGAGAAAAGGAUGGCAGCAUGUGUGAAUAUUCUUCCUCCUACAUCGACCAUGUUCUACUGGAAUGGGGAGAUUCAAGAUGCUUCUGAAAUCCUGCUGCUGGUGAGGACCAGAACUUCUAUGAUUCAGCGACUCACCGAGAUUGUAAAAGCAAUACAUCCAUACCAAACUCCAGAAAUCCUCAGUUUUCCCAUUCAAGAUGGAAGUCACUCCUACUUGAAGUGGAUUGAUGAUGUAGUUCCUGACGUUUAACCCUCGCCGUCCAUCGUAGUAUGGUUGGAGAACAUUCAGUUUUCGGGAUUUUAAAGGGUGCUAUGUUAUGGAUAAUUUUGCUCAUGGUGGCAAGGACUAUAUAAUUAAUAAACUAAAAUGAGUGGAUUCAGAGUAGUGCAGUGGUAAACAUAUCUUUGUGAGAUCAGAGGUUUAAAUCCUGACGGUAUCAUAGCCAUGUGUGGCCAUUAAAGAAGACCUUCCCGGCUCAUCCAAGCACAUUCAGUUACCCAGUGACUAAGCAGCAGUGUGAAAAGAUGUGUCUUGAAGGAAGCAUCCAAGUGUUUACUGUCACCAGCUGGGAGAUGUUCUGUGAAAACUCUCUAGUGGAAAGUGAGAUUGGGAGAAACGUGGGUAAAAAUUGAGAAGAGGAGACCUUAUUAAGAUGACUAAUGUGUGUGUGAAUGAAAUUAAAACCUGAACUUAAUGUAAAAUUGACAAAAUGAUACAGAGACAGAGACUAUAGUCCACUGUACAGACUUGAGUAACAGUAUAAAUGAACAGCAUGGAUAAAUCUGGCUGUCAUUCACUAAUUCCUCCUUCACUGUGACAUUCAUUCAUGUCUAAAGUUGGGUCAUGAUAUAUGGUGGUUUAACCUGUCCUCCCAGUCAUGGCCUGACCUCAAUGACACAGAACUGACUGUAACAUGAUUAUCUGGAAGCUCUCAACUUGCAGCAGCUCAGGAAUUUUCGUUUGUUUUCAUACAUUGUGAACUUACCCAGAAGGCAAUGUAUUUAUUCAUUCAUUCAUUCAUUGUCUAUACCCGCUUAUUCCUAGGGCUCCUAGGGUCACGGGGGUCUGCUGGAGCCUAUCCCAGCGCACAUAGGGCGAAAGGCAGGGGUACACCCUGCAUUGUAUUUAAUGUAAUAUUAUUUUACAUGAUGUCGUUCCGUAUACAGGUAUAUAACAUACCUUUGUACAUGCCGGGAGAUCUUCACACUAGUGUCACACACCUAUUACAGGUCUGCAGUCAGAGCUGCAGGUUAGGCUAACCCCCAAAGUUGGCCAUCUUACAAUCGUCUACUUAGUAAAAACCUCAUACUGCACAAAAUGAGAGGUAUUUAACGAUGAGUAAGACAGGCACGAGUGUGGUGGAGUGAAUUGCUCACUUAAUCCAUGCUCAUACUUCAUGCUGGAGUAAUUUGCCACUCAUAAUGCUAAGGGAAGUACGCUAGGCUUCUCUCAGCAAACUUCAGUCGUUGGCUAUGAAUUAUUACAUUCAGGGAAAUCUUCAGCACCGAAGUUACCAAAUACAUUCUCUUUUCACUCCAUUAUCUAGCCACAGUAGCCUACUUUAUACAAGUAGUAUUUCUGUAUUUGACCUCGUAACUGGUCAUUUCCAAGUUAGAACAACAUUUUUUUUUGUGUGUGUGUGCAUUCAGCAUAUGACAUGAGGAAAAAGCAUGUGGUGGGUGAUGUAUAUUUUCCUCCUCAAACAGCAAACUGUACAGUCAAUGUUACAGGUUUAACAUGCAAAAAUAUCUGUAUGUUGAUUAAUCUAAAAAUAAUUGUAAAUAUAGUAUCAUUUAUUUACAUUUAAAUGUACUUUUUUACUGAUGCUAUAUGCAGCCAUGUUGAUUUGAUAGGAGCUCAUAGUAAAAAAAAAAAGGCAGGUCGACUAGUAGGAAUUUCAACUUGAGAGGGUGUUUUCUUUAGUGUUUCCUUGUUGGAUGUUGGGAAUUACAGGUUGCACCCUUGGGUCAAUGCAGCAUUAAUGCCAUGGGUUCUUCAGCACUCCUGUGUAUCAUACUCACCUUUUAUUUAAACAUUAUUAGUAUGUGCAUUCAGCUAAAUGGUCCAGCUAGUGAUGGAAUACAAAUCAGGGAAAUAAUCUAUUAGCUUUAAGAAACAUAACGCUAAAUGAUAAUUCCAAUUUUGGGGAAAUAUGUGUUGAAUAUAAUAUGUGAACAGUACUGCAUCCACAUUUUUGAUAUUAGCCUGUGGCAUUAGGCUGUGGUAUAAGGGUGUGGUAUUAGGGUGUGGUAUAAGGGUGUGGUAUUGGGGUAUGGUAUAAGGGUGUGAUAUUGGGGUAUGGUGUAAGAGUGUGGUAUUGGGGUAUGGUAUUAGGGUGUGGUAUAAGGGUGUGAUAUUGGGGUAUGGUGUAAGAGUGUGGUAUUGGGGUAUGGUAUAAGGGUGUGGUAUUAGGGUGUGGUAUAAGGGUGUGAUAUUGGGAUAUGGUGUAAGAGUGUGGUAUUGGGGUAUGGUAUAAGGGUGUGGUAUUAGGGUGUGGUAUAAGGGUGUGAUAUUGGGGUAUGGUGUAAGAGUAUGGUAUUGGGGUAUGGUGUAAGGGUGUGGUAUUGGGGUAUGGUAUUAGGGUGUGGUAUAAGGGUGUGAUAUUGGGGUAUGGUGUAAGAGUGUGGUAUUGGGGUAUGGUAUAAGGGUGUGGUAUUAGGGUGUGGUAUAAGGGUGUGAUAUUGGGAUAUGGUGUAAGAGUGUGGUAUUGGGGUAUGGUAUAAGGGUGUGGUAUUAGGGUGUGGUAUAAGGGUGUGAUAUUGGGGUAUGGUGUAAGAGUAUGGUAUUGGGGUAUGGUGUAAGGGUGUGGUAUUGGGGUAUGGUAUUAGGGUGUGGAAUUAGGGUGUUGUUAUUGGGUGUGGUAUUAGGGUUUGGUGUUUUUAUUGGGUGUGGUAUUAGGGUUUGGUGUUUUUAUUGGGUGUGGUAUUAGGGUGAUUUGGACCACCAGACUACAAACAAGAGAAAAGUUAUAGUACAAUGUUGUAGUAAAACUGAUCUGGCUUCUAUGUUUCUUCAUCUGCAAUCAACUCCAGAAUUUGUUGAAUCUGAAAUCUCCCUUCCUAAAAUAACAGCACUGACUGUGCAAUCAAGUACUCCAGGGAAAGUUGCAUUUUUACCAGUUGGAAAGUCGUAAUUGCGACAUUAGGUGCGUUCAAAUUGCUUUGAUCAGAGCAAAAUGGAGGCAAACAUUCUUCUCAUUAAAUACAAAAACACAGCAAGGUUUUUUAACUCUACUUUUCUAAAAAAAAAAAUGAGGAAAAAAUGAGCAUCAUUCUUUUUUCUUUUUUGUUUUAAUCAGUUUAUGAGGCCUUGGCUGCCCAUGACCCUGUCGCCGGUUCACCACUUUUUCCUGCUUCUAACACGUCAACUUUGAGGACAAAAUGUUCGCUUGCUGCCUAAUAUAUCCCACCCACUAACAGGAGCCAUGAUGAGGAGAUCAUCAGUCUUAUUCACUUCACCUGUCAGUGGACAUAAUGUUAUGGAUGAUCAGUUUAUUAUAUCGUAAUUGAAUCCUUACUCUCCUGUAGGUGCUAACCAAGUUGCUUUUAUAUUUUGAUAACAUGCCGCAUAAACCAAACACACUGUAAAUGAAAAUAAUGUAAAUCAGCUUCUGAGACAAGGAAACAUUCAAUUUAAACAAAUUUAACGCCAACUAAAAAGGUUGCAUGCACUGAUUCCGUCGUGUUUUCUUACUGACACUCGGAAACUUUGUGCUAAAAAGUGGUCCCAGUUAUCCCAGACUUGAACACACCAUGAGUCGUUUCCUGUAAGGCUUGAUAAGAUUGAAGGAAUAUGAGACUCCUCCUCAAUACCCAAUCUCUCCAGGUUCUUCUCUUGUGGACUGGAUGCUGCUUUUCUGCUCAGCAUUUUUAAAUGGUUUUUACAUCAAGUCAUGUUUUCUGGAUAGCCAUGUUAGGUCUGUUUGCAUGCACUACUGGACCAUUGACUUGCUUGAAAAUUCAAUCAUUAAACAAAUUAACCCUAGCUAGAAAAAACCCACCACAGAGCACCAUCAAUCUUUAACCAUGCUUAGAAAUGAGGACUCUUUUCUGUACAGACGUCCUUCUUUUGACCUCAAGGCAACCAUGGGUGUUUGUUUGACAGAAAGCUCUUUCUCAUAUCUGACCACAGAAGCCAGUUCAAAUCAAAGUUCAGUAGCAUUUAGCCAACAACAGCUGCUUAUGCAUGCGGAUUGAUGAAACAAAGGCUUUCUUCUCUGCACGCCUUCAUUCGCUGGCAUAGAGGUGGCAUCUGAUUAAAAAUGUAACAGUGGAGGUUCAGAGAGAAACAUGUGUGCAUCCUUUAUUUGCCCUAGCAGGCAAGUGGUAUCUACUUCUAGAUUUAAAGACUUGGUGACGCCGACGUGUUACUGUCCUAACUUAUUCGUUGGGAGAAAUUUUUUGAAACCUUUUAACACAUGAAUUUGACCAGUGAAAUCUCAUAAAUAUUUAUUUAAUAUCAUUGAACAAUACGAACUACAGCAGUGAUCUACAGCACUUGCUCAAAUAAUAAUAGUAAUAAUAAUAAUAAUAAUAAUAAUAGUUUUGUUUGAGGCCACAUCUGAAACACAACCAUUUACAAGUAGUACUUGGCAUUAAAAACAAUGGCAAUACAAUUUUUAAGACACUUGGUGUUUUUGUUUUUUCUUUCUUUCUUUUUUUUUUUCUCUUUUUGUCUUUUUAAUUUCAAUAUCAGCAACAGUUUCAGCGACAGUCUAAACAGUUAAUAUUGAUUCAGAUACAAAAACCCACUGUGAAAAUAACGAGGAUCGAGCAAACAGAGGGGCAGGAGGCAAAGGGUAAACGUAAAAAUGUAAAAUUAGAAACAUCUUCCAUCGGUCACCGGCACCGCACACUCCUUUCAUCAACAGGCGAGAAUAAAAACUGCAGUGCAACAAUAAUACACUGAAAAUCGGAAUCUGCAAAAAUAGUCACACAAUUUCGCUUUUCACUCGGGUUACUACUCGUUU